GAAAACAACAGAGAAACUCGCGACGUGUCGUAGAUCUUUCGUUCCAAUUGGCCAGAAACUGCGGAGUUCCGGUUAACCUCCCCAACCCCCACGGGCCCGUAUAAAACCGUGGUGCGAGACAAAGAACGAUCCAGUCCAGCUGAUCCGACCCAGAUAGGUUCCUGCUGCAUGUAAACUCUCCCGACAUAGGCGUCAGGAUCCCAGACUGACUGCGGAGGUUUAAACUCCUGGGACGCGAAUGAAGAAACUUCUCCUGCUUCACUUCACAUACAGAGGUUUAGUGAGAAAAGGAAAAAAGAGUAAAAGAAGAAAAUGGACCGUUUUAAAUUGCGGAAAGCGGAACCCAAAGAUGUGCCUGACAUACUGCGACUCAUAAAGGAACUAGCUAAAUAUGAAGAAAUGGAAGAUCAAGUGAUACUGACUGAGAAAGAUCUGCUCGAGGACGGAUUCGGUGACCACCCAUUUUACCACUGCCUGGUGGCGGAGGACCCCAGUGAGCAGCAGAGCAGCAGCAACAACAACAAUGGUCUGCUCAACAACAAUGGUCCUGUGGUAAUUGGGUUUGCCAUGUACUACUUCACCUAUGACCCCUGGAUCGGCAAGCUGCUUUACCUGGAAGACUUCUUCGUCAUGAAAGAGUACAGGGGGUUUGGCAUCGGCUCAGAGAUCCUCAAGCUCCUCAGUCAUACGGCAGUCAAGACUCGCUGCAGCAGCAUGCACUUUAUCGUCGCCGAGGGCAACCAGGCAUCGAUAGAGUUCUACAAGCGUCGUGGCGCCGCCGACCUCUCUCUGGAGGAGGGAUGGAGACUCUUCAAGAUCGACAAGAGCUCCCUCCUCAAGAUGUCCUCCGGCCCCGAAGAGUGAGCUGGCCAAGUGACACAGAGAGAAAGAUGGGGAUUGGAGUGAGAGACUUGGGGGCAGGCUUGGGGUCAAUUUAAUUUAAAUUCAGUUAAUUAUUUGCCUGUCUCUCACUUCAGGGGUGGGGGGUGUGACUACUGACAAUAGAUUAUUAAUAAAAAGGGGCAUUAAACAUUACUAAUCAUAUGUGUGCACUAACUUCUCAAUCUAGUUGCACUUAAUUUAGGGUUCAUAUUAUUAUUUUUUAUCCAGUAUUUUAUAUAAAGCCAUCGUUUUAGUAGUUGUAGUUUACGUAGUUUUUAGUUUAUUCUGCUAAUCAACGAACCUUAGCACCUUUUGUGUAGGAAUCCUAUCUAGAACCUAAAAGAGUUAUUCUAGAACCUUUUGAAGAACCCUUUUGGUUCCAGGUAGAACCCUUUUGGGUUCCAUGUAGAAUCCUUUCCACAAAGGGUUCUACCUGGAACCCAAAAGGGUUCUCCUAUGGGGACAGCUGUAGGUAACUAAUCCUAUAAUACAGUGAUUUGUAGUUUGAAUGUGUUUAUUAUGAUGUUGGUGCAAUUAAAAGGUUCAGAGCA